UUUUACUAAAAAAAGCCCACAAAAAAGCCGCAAAAAUGCUGGGUCGUUUCGGGCCGGGUGUGUGCACCCAAGUGGUUGCUGUGGUUAACAACCAGCAGAACCGUAACAUGGCCACAUUGAAGGCCAUUUCUAUUCGAUUGAAGUCGGUAAAGAACAUUCAGAAGAUCACCCAGUCUAUGAAAAUGGUGUCAGCUGCCAAAUACACUCGUGCUGAGCGUGACUUGAAGGCCGCUCGUCCCUAUGGCGAGGGUGCUGUGCAGUUUUACGAGAGGGCAGAGGUAGCUGCCCCAGAAGAUGAGCCCAAGCAACUGUAUGUUGCUAUCACCUCUGACAGAGGUCUUUGCGGCGCGGUGCACACCGGUGUCUCCAAGGUAAUCCGACUCCGGCUUCAGGAGCCUGGCGCGGAGAACAUCAAGGUCAUCUGCGUGGGCGACAAGUCCCGUGGUAUCCUGCAGCGCUUGUAUGGGAAGCACAUCAUCGGUGUGUGCAACGAGAUCGGGCGCCUCCCGCCCACCUUUAUCGACGCGUCCAAGAUCGCCAGUGGCAUCCUGACGUCGGGCUACGACUUCGGCUCCGGCAAGAUCAUCUACAACAAGUUCAAGUCCGUCGUGUCGUACAUGCAGUCCGAUUUGCCGUUGUACAGCCAGAAGGCUGUUGAGGGCGCCCCGAAACUGGCGACAUACGAUUCUCUGGAUGCUGACGUGAUCCAAUCCUACAUGGAGUUCUCGCUCGCUUCCAUGGUGUUCUACGCGCUCAAAGAAGGUGCAUGCUCCGAACAAUCUUCCCGCAUGUCUGCCAUGGACAACGCUUCCAAGAACGCUGGAGAGAUGAUCGACAAACUCACGCUCACCUUCAACAGAACCCGACAGGCUGUCAUUACCAGGGAGCUGAUCGAAAUCAUCUCUGGUGCCGCCGCCUUGAACUAAACAUCCGGCUCGAAGGACCAAAAACUGACAUUUUGGAUUUACGUUCUUUUUGGAUGGGUUAUAUGGAAACGUCUGGAAAUUGUGGGUGUUUAUUGAAUUGGUCCUUCAGUUACAUUCUCAACGAUAUUUAUUCUAUUCUACAUACUGCCGGUUCAAGUCUGCCGACAUUCCGAUAUGAGUGUUUGGAGGGUAUCCGUAAAACACGCAAUACUCGACACUGGCUUUAACACCUUUACCGAUAUUCUGGGACACUCGUAUUUAUAUGUAAAUUGUAUCAAAAUUAAAUAUUCUCGAUGGCGAGUUGUUAUGAACUAGAUAAUGUACAACUGAAACCGAUUAUGUAAGGAUGCAGUGGUAUUUAGCAAUAAAGUAUUGUUUAGACCAAA